CUUCAGCCGCGGCUGCUCGCGAGCUCGGAUGUGUGCGAGGAAGAAGUGACACGUGCUGGGGGAAAAUAAAAAAAUAAAAAUAAAUAAAAAAAAAUCACGCAAAAAUUUAAACGCGCACAUCCAGGAGUUUUUAUUUCUUUUAAUUUUAUUAGAAUUUUAGACUAAUAGUGUACAUACUUUUAAAGAGGAGUCCUGUUUGUCCGCAUUCUACUUGGAACUGGGAAGAAUUAAAUCUUAGCAACAAUGGGAAGAGGGGACGGACGAGAGCAGUAUGAGUUGGCUGCGACCUCGGAACAAGGCGGGAAGAAAAAAGGGAAGGGGAAAGGGAAGAAGGAGAAGGAUAUGGAUGAGCUGAAGAAGGAAGUGGAUAUGGAUGACCACAAGCUGACGCUGGACGAGCUCAAUCGUAAAUAUGGAACAGAUCUCACCAAUGGUUUGACUUGUGCAAAAGCUGCUGAGAUUCUGGCCCGUGACGGGCCCAACGCCCUCACUCCUCCUCCCACCACCCCAGAGUGGGUCAAGUUCUGCAAACAGAUGUUUGGUGGGUUUUCCAUGCUGCUGUGGACCGGUGCCAUCCUCUGUUUUCUGGCUUAUGGGAUCCAGGCUGCAAUGGAGGAAGAGCCGGCGAAUGAUAAUUUGUAUUUAGGUGUUGUGCUGUCUGCUGUUGUCAUCAUCACUGGAUGCUUCUCGUAUUAUCAAGAGGCCAAAAGCUCCAAGAUCAUGGACUCCUUCAAGAACCUGGUCCCUCAGCAAGCCCUGGUCGUCCGCGAUGGAGAGAAGAAGAGCAUCAACGCUGAGGAGGUGGUCGUCGGUGAUUUAGUGGAGGUGAAAGGUGGCGACAGGAUUCCUGCCGAUCUGCGGAUCAUCUCCGCUCAUGGCUGCAAGGUGGACAACUCCUCCCUGACAGGUGAAUCAGAACCUCAGACCCGUACGCCGGACUUCUCCAACGAGAACCCUCUGGAGACCAGAAACAUAGCUUUCUUCUCCACCAACUGUGUUGAAGGAACUGCUCGUGGUAUUGUGAUCAGCACCGGAGACCGCACCGUCAUGGGGCGUAUCGCCACGUUAGCCUCUGGUCUGGAAGUGGGACGCACCCCCAUCUCCAUCGAGAUCGAGCAUUUCAUCCACAUCAUCACCGGCGUGGCCGUCUUCCUUGGCGUGUCCUUUUUCGUCCUGUCCCUCGCCCUUGGCUACACCUGGCUAGAGGCCGUCAUCUUCCUCAUCGGUAUCAUCGUGGCCAACGUACCAGAAGGUCUCCUGGCUACUGUCACUGUGUGUCUGACCCUGACCGCCAAGCGAAUGGCCAAGAAGAACUGCCUGGUGAAGAACCUGGAAGCCGUGGAGACGCUGGGCUCCACCUCCACCAUCUGCUCCGACAAGACCGGCACCCUUACUCAGAACAGGAUGACCGUGGCCCACAUGUGGUUUGACAACCAGAUCCACGAGGCCGACACCACAGAGAACCAGAGCGGCACCUCGUUUGACAGGAGCUCGGCCACCUGGGCGGCUCUGGCCAGGAUCGCCGGACUCUGUAACCGGGCCGUCUUCCUGGCUGAGCAGAGCAACAUUCCCAUCCUGAAGCGAGAUGUGGCCGGCGAUGCCUCAGAGUCAGCUUUGCUGAAGUGCAUCGAGCUUUGCUGCGGAUCAGUCCAGGGAAUGAGGGAGAAAACCCCUAAAAUAGCUGAAAUCCCAUUCAACUCCACCAACAAGUACCAGCUUUCCAUUCACAAGAAUGCUGCACCUGAUGCAGAAUCAAAGCACCUGUUGGUGAUGAAAGGAGCCCCUGAGAGGAUUUUGGACCGCUGUUCCACCAUCUUGCUCCAGGGCAAAGAGCAGCCUCUGGAUGAAGAGAUGAAAGACGCCUUCCAGAAUGCGUACCUGGAACUGGGAGGUCUCGGAGAGAGAGUGUUGGGUUUCUGCCAUUUCAACCUGCCUGACGACCAGUUCCCAGAUGGGUUUGAGUUCGACACAGAUGAGGUGAACUUCCCCAUUACGAACCUGUGCUUCAUCGGCCUUAUGUCCAUGAUCGACCCUCCUCGUGCCGCCGUGCCCGACGCUGUGGGCAAAUGCAGGAGUGCUGGAAUCAAAGUAAUUAUGGUGACAGGUGAUCAUCCAAUCACAGCCAAGGCUAUUGCUAAGGGCGUAGGAAUCAUCUCUGAGGGCAACGAGACUGUUGAAGACAUCGCUGCACGUUUGAACAUCCCGAUCAAUGAAGUUAAUCCAAGAGAUGCCAAGGCUUGUGUUGUGCAUGGUGGCGACCUGAAGGAUCUGACUGCAGAGCAGCUGGACGACAUCCUGAAGUACCACACAGAGAUCGUCUUUGCCAGAACAUCUCCGCAGCAAAAACUGAUCAUUGUGGAGGGCUGUCAGAGACAGGGAGCCAUCGUGGCUGUGACAGGUGACGGUGUGAACGACUCCCCAGCCUUAAAGAAGGCCGACAUCGGCGUUGCCAUGGGGAUCGCUGGGUCCGACGUGUCCAAACAGGCUGCUGACAUGAUCCUCCUGGACGACAACUUUGCCUCCAUCGUCACCGGAGUGGAAGAAGGUCGUCUGAUCUUUGACAACUUGAAGAAAUCCAUCGCCUACACCCUGACCAGCAACAUCCCAGAGAUCACCCCCUUCCUCCUCUUCAUCAUCGCCAGCAUCCCUCUGCCUCUGGGCACCGUCACCAUCCUGUGUAUCGACCUGGGAACCGACAUGGUUCCUGCCAUCUCUCUGGCCUACGAAGCAGCUGAGAGCGACAUCAUGAAGAGACAGCCCCGAAACCCCAAAACAGACAAGCUGGUGAACGAGAGGCUCAUCAGCAUCGCGUACGGACAAAUCGGAAUGAUCCAGGCGCUGGCGGGUUUCUUCACCUACUUUGUGAUUUUGGCCGAAAACGGCUUCCUGCCGUCCACCCUCGUUGGCAUCCGAGUCAGCUGGGAUAAUAAAUACAUCAAUGACCUGGAGGACAGCUAUGGACAGCAGUGGACUUACGAGCAGAGGAAGAUCGUAGAGUUCACCUGCCACACGGCCUUCUUCGCCAGUAUCGUCAUUGUACAGUGGGCCGAUCUGAUCAUCUGUAAGACCAGGAGGAACUCUGUCUUCCAGCAGGGCAUGAAGAAUAAGAUCCUGAUCUUUGGGCUGUUUGAGGAGACCGCCCUCGCCGCCUUCCUCUCCUACUGCCCAGGCAUGGACGUGGCCCUCAGAAUGUACCCUCUCAAGCCCAACUGGUGGUUCUGCGCCUUCCCGUACUCCCUGCUCAUCUUUAUCUAUGAUGAAAUCCGUAAGCUGAUCCUCCGACGCAGCCCGGGAGGCUGGGUGGAACGGGAGACCUACUAUUAAAGAAAUCCGUCAGAACGCAUCUUCUCUUCCACUCCCGUCUUUGCAUGAAUAUUGUCUUGCUGCUCGGAAUAAAAUUUUAACCUCUGUGACGAAUAAAUUUGAACGUGUUUUUAUAUUAGGAAUGCUUGAUACUACUAUUAGACACAUAAUGAGGUGGUAAGUGAUAAUGAUGAUAAGUGAUAAUCUUAAUAAUGACAUGAACACUGAACACUGACAUGACUAUGCGUGCCUUGUUUCUGAAACAGGGCCAAUUUUAUACAUGUUUUUAACAGUUAUGAACGUUCAAUAAAAAUGCGCUCGAGUCAGGUCCCA